UUGUGGCAGCCAACUUUUGUAUGUGGGAUCUGUUGAUACUCAGAUAAGUUGUCCACGUGCGGUGUAAACAUUCCUGGCACUCUGUGUGCCAUAGUUUGAGGAUCCGAAUGUGGAAAGGUUUUAAAACCAGGACAGUUUCAGCUAAACUGAAACUCGGGAAAUGGGAGACAAUUUACUUGCUGUGGAUGAACCGGAGUAUGCUGCGAGUACGGAACUUUCGCAGGACUCCAACGCUUCUAGCCACGAUCUGUCACAGGGAUCAUCGUGUGCAUAUGUGUUAGAGACUCUCCCGAGCAGCGGAACUAAAACGAAAAAGAAAAAAGGGACCAAAAAGAAAAAGAAAAAGGAGAAAUCUUCCAAGGAGAGAAAUGAAGACGGAGAAGACAGUUCGAAAACGAGAACUAGCCGGGCGUCUGCUAACCGCAGAAACAGCAGUAGCAGACGGCCCGAACCAGAGGGCGGGAACUCUCCCGUUAGUUUCAGUGUGGAAGAAUAUGAUCGGAUUAUUUAUAGUGACGCUCCAUUGUUUCCAGAUGUCGAAAUUACCGCGGAUGACUUAAUUUCUAAUGAGGGGAGGCGGUCCCGCACUCAGCGACUAUCCAGGGACGGCGUCGUAAUGAUACCCUGCGCCCAACUUGGCAUCACCUCCAAUACCAUGAUAAAAUUCGCCAUCAUUGGAACCGAGUUACACAAUGUCGUACAGGUGGCGUUAAAACGGAUGGAGACAGAAAUCAACGGCAUGAACCGCCGUGUACAGCUUCUAGAGGAAGACAUGGAGAGGAAUGAGGAGAGACUUCAGACAGCCACCGAGCGUCUCGAGGAGGCAUCAAAAGCUGCAGAUGAGAGUGAGAGAGCGCGCAAGGUACUCGAAAGCAGGAGUCUGGCUGACGAUGAAAGGAUAGAUACUCUCGAGGCACAACUUAAAGAGGCGAAAUAUAUUGCAGAGGACGCCGAGCGCAAAUAUGACGAGGCCGCCCGUAAACUAGCGAUCACAGAAGUGGACUUAGAGCGUGCUGAAGCUCGCCUGGAGGCCGCAGAAGCGAAGUACAAGCAUUAUGAAGAUGAGUGUUGUUCUCUAACCAGUAGUCUAAAGUCACUAGAAGUGAACGAAGUGAAGGCUUCUCAGAGGGAGGAUAGCUACGAAGAGACCAUCAGGGACUUGACACAAAGACUUAAAGAUGCUGAGAACCGUUCGACUGAGGCGGAAAGAACCGUAUCUAAGUUGCAAAAAGAGGUGGACAGACUGGAAGAGGAGCUGCAGGAACAAAGGGAGAGAAAUCGGUCACUACAACUCGACAUGGAGCAGACGCUGUCAGAUCUCCAGAAUCUGUGAUGAGCUUUUGGCCGAGAAGGAGAAGUACAAGGCGAUUAGUGACGAGCUUGAUCAGACCUUCGCCGAGUUGGCUGGUUAUUAACAGAAAUAGCUUUUCUACCCUACAGUCAUAUACAGCCUUUACACUUUGUAGGCUACACAAAAAAAAAAAAUUGUUAUUGGUUUUUUGGAAAAGAAUCAUGUUGUAAACUUAAUCUCGCGGUGCCUCUCUCUUCUGCCUGUUGUUUUGAGUGCGUGUACGAAGCAAAAUAAACGUUAAAACAAAUGAUAUAUAAAAAAAAAAUAUAUGAAAAAACUAUAAAAAAAAAAAAAGAAGACCAAGAUAUGAACAUGUAUAAAUAUAUUUCUUGCUUGCACCUAUCAGUUUUUGUACAAAGAUGUGGAAUUUCGGCGCAGCCAAAAGUACUGGAGGACACAAUGACUUUUCAAAAUGAACUGAAGGACGGUGUUUAAAACAAAUGGUGCAAUUUUCUUUUGUUAUUUUUGAACCAGCAGAAGGGAGGUAACUCUUCAAGUCAAAGAGUUCACCACGGACACAGGUUAUUUUGUCUUCACGUAUUUUUGGCGUGUUGUGUCAAUGCUAGGAGUAGCGGAAAUGGAUUGUAUACGCGGCAGGGCGGUCGAUCGUUGGCAUAUGGAGGUAUCCUCUUGAUCCUUCGAAAACACUCAAACCAGUGUUUGCUUCGACCUUCCAUGUGUCCCUAGCGACCGGUUGUCCCUAGUGACAAAGUGUCCCUAGAGACCAAGUUUUCUAGCAGCCAGUUGGCCUUUUGACCCAAGUGUCCACAGCGAUCAUUUGGUCCUAGCGACUAACUGUCUCUAGUGACCAGCUGUCCCUAGCGACAAGUUUUCCCUAGCGACCCAUCUCAUCACGCAAAUCAGGGAACAGUUCUCUUUGCUGUUGAAUUGUACAUUAUUAAUAAUAAAAUCCGCCAUGUCGUAAAAUAGUGUACCAGUAGCGUAGAUUUAAAACAUGCAUGCGAUCAAAGAUCACAAAAUUUGUAUAUGUAUUUAUUUCGUCCCAGAUAAUUAAUAUUGAAAAAAUUUAUACUUUUUUUCUUCUUUUUUUUCGUCGUCUUGUAAGCUCGUUUUCCAGGUGGAUAUUAGGACACGUACAUGAGCCAUUGUUGUCAGGUGCUUGCUGCAUUUUCUUGUGAUCGGAUAUCUACAAUGUGUUUUUCUCUCCUCUGUAUAGAAAGUGCAAAAUCUCAUCAUAAAUCAAAGAACUGUCUUAUCUAGCAACAGUAAUCACAGAUAUCUAGUGAUCUGAAUAUUUAAAAACUUUUUUUUAUAUUCGCUUGUAGUGUACAAUGUGAUAACAUGAUUAAUACUGUAUCUACUUUUGUAAACAAUCUUUGGCCAUGGCUUCGAUAUAGAUCCUGGGUUCUGCCACAAUGGUUUUUUAACAAUAAAAUCAUCUUAUUUCCCA